ACAGACACAUCGGUUACUGUUUUUAAUUUCACAGUUAAUAGUGCAUUUGGUUGUGUGUGUACAUAAAGAAUGUCAUUCUACCGAAUAGAUAUUCUGCUUUUAUUUAUUGUCAAAUUAAACUUCCAAAACGUUCGCAUAACAGAGAUUUCGGAUUAUUAUCAGUUGCCUAGUGCAUACAAAUUUUUGAUGAAAAAUCAAGACGAGAUUAGUUAAAAUGGCGUUAUUUAACGCAGAUUGAAUUGGUUUUAGUCUUUUUUGAUCGAUUAAAAAGAUUAAAAUUAAACAAAAUCUAUUUUUAGACGUGAAAACUGACACUUCUAUCUUAGUCAACUAAUGCCAUUUUAAUCGAUUAUUUGUUAGAAAAAAUCGAUUAAAAUUAGAUUUUUUCCCUCUGUUUUCUUACGUGGGAAAUUUUCCUUGAAAAAAAAAGGGAAUCAAGUUUGGAACACAUGACCCGAGGGAAAGUCUCUUUGAUAGGAACGACCUAUUUCGAGGACUGGUACCAGUACUAAUGUCCCCGUCAUAAUUAAAGAGAAGUAUGUAUAAGCUUAAUAACUCGACAACGACAGCAGCUAGCGACCUGUGGUUCUUAGCAAUUGAAAGAGGAUAACUUAGAACGCCUUUUAAUCUGAUACUAUAUAAAAUAAAAUUAUUUUAGAACUUAUUAUCUUCGCGAAACAUUGUAAAAAAUACAUAAAAACCCUAUGAUCUGUUUCGAUGUAAUUUUUAUUUUGACAUAUGCUUUAGAUAAAGGUACUUUAAAUCUACAGUUCAAGGCACGAUUCAGAUGAUUAUUUUCUCACAUAUCAAUGCUGAACAAACCAAAUCGUGUAGUUAUUCGCUCAAAUUCUAAAAUUCUGUUGACUUUUAGUAAAAUUUUCUUGAAAUGGAAUACUAUUGAAUGUGUUAUAUAAUCAAAUUAUAAGAAUAACUUAACCAAGAGUUUGUCUAAAAUACAGAUAACUCAUAUGUUAGUAGAUCGAUCAAUGGUGUCGUGUUAGUUACUUCGAUUUCUAUUGAUUUUAUUUUAUUUUAAUUAGAAAUAAUAUUGAAAAUAAGACCAUUGUCUGUGUCCUCGAUAUCAUUUAUAAAUAACAAUACUGUUUUUUUCUUAAAUCAAUAUAUAAAUACACCUGUCUAAAAAAAACACAUGUUAAAUUAAUAUCCCGAUAAACAAAAGAGUGUAGGUAAUUUAUUUGGAAAGAUACAUCUGUGGGCAUGACUAAAUUCGUAUACAUGUGGUAUGAUAUCAUCUGUAUAUGAUAGACAUAUGAGUCAUUAUGGCCAAGACAUCUAUAUUUAAUUACUUGCUCGAUGAAAUUCGUAAUACAAUAGGCAAUCAAAUCUAUAAAUGUUUGCUCUGAAAAAGCAUUGAAAACCAGAUUUUAAGUAUAAACUUGAUCGAGAAUGAAACAGAAUGAGAAACUUUAGUAAUCAUGAAGAACAUUUUUGUAAACCAAAUCGAUCAAGUUUGUUCUUUAUAAUCUUAAUGUAGACUGAACUAGCUAUUAUUUAUUUUUAAUCUAAUUAAACAAUCAUACAUGUAAAAUUUAUUUCUUUUAGACGUUCAAUUAUAUUUAGUGCUUGGUCAGGUUUAUCCUAUGAUCAUUAUACAAUACGUCGUUGGAUUUCAGAUAAUUAUCGUCUUAUUGAUAAAAAUUUAAUUGCAUAUAUUGAUCUUGGAAAUGGUAUUAUUGGAACUUCUACACUUCAUUUACAUGGUUCA